AUGGCCCUUUCCACCCCAGUUAUCAAUGCCAAUAUUGCCCCUAUCCUCAAACACUUAGUUCUGUUUAACCCAUCAUCUCAGUUGCCCAUUAAGCUGUGUGGCAACCAUAACUUCACCAUUUGGAAGGCUCAAAUUGCCAUGCUACUUCAUGGCCAUGACCUCUAUGGUCAUCUUGACGGGACCAAAUUGUCCCCUCCCGAAACAGUCAUCAUUGACGGCCUUUUGACAGCUAACCCCGAAUACAAGGAUUGGUUUCGUCAAGACAAACUCAUCCAAAAUGCUCUCAUGGCCUCUGUUGAUGCCAAUAUCGCUUCCAUUGUAGCUUCUGCGGCCAAUUCUAAAGCUGCGUGGGAUCAACUUCACACCUCAUUUGUGAACAAAUCGCAAACUCGCAUCUUCACCCUCCGUCACCAUCUCAGUCGGGUAAGCAAAGACACCAAAUCAAUUGCUGAAUAUAUGCGAGAGAUUCACUCUCACUCUCAUGAAAUCGCCACAGCAGGUUCACCUGUCAAUAAUGAAGAACUUGUGAUGAAAAUAUUGAGUGGACUUGGUCCUAAAUUUCGUGAGAUCUCCGCUGCCAUCCGGGCACGUGACUUACCCAUUAGCUACGCUGAACUUUUCGAUAAGCUUUUUGAUCAUGAAUUGUUCCUCAAACAUGAAGACCUCAAGAGGACCACCACCCAUGUCACAUCAUUUGUAGCUCAGCGUGUCACAAAUACUUCAUCGGCCCAACGCAACAACCAUCACCGCCAACCCACCAAUAACAAUGGGCGUCCCCCAAACACACCACAUAAUCAGUGCACCGCUUUCCAACAUCCAAACGAUUACUCUCAAGGGGGUGCAUCUCACCAUAUUGCAGCCGACACCAACUACCUCCACAAUGUACAGGACUUCAAAGGGGCAGAGGAAGUGACCUUGGGUAUUGGUAAUGUGAUUCCAAUCACGUAA